AUGGACUUUGGCAACAAGACGGAGAACAGCGUCCUCAGCACUCUCCAAGAGCAAGUGCAGCGCCUCACCAAUGAAAACGUUCAGCUGCAAGACAGGAAUGAAAGGCUCUAUGGCAAACUGGGAGAGCUGCAAGAGAAAACAGGGCAAAUGGCCGGCUCGAAAACCAACUUGUCAUCCAGACUGGUCCGCAGCGAAGAAGAGAAACUCAAGAUUUCCAAAGACUUCGUUGAUUUCCAGAUUGAGGCUAAUAAAAUGAGAGAAAAGCACGAAGAGGAAAACUUUGAACUGAAGAAUUUGAUCCUGGCCCUGGAGAAUCGUAUUCUGCAGGUUGAGCUCCACGACGAGAAGAUCACCGGAGAGCGCGAUGCUUUGCGGGAGCACCUGAGUGCCCUCGAGACCAACCGCAAGGAGCUGGUGGAUGAGUACCUAGUUCUGAAGAGCAAUUAUCUUGCACUGGGCAAAGAGCAUGAACAGGAAGUCACUAAGAAUGAAGAGUUGAGCAUAGAGUUACUCAACCUGGCCAAUGUGAAGAAGUCCCGAGCUCAAGCCAAUCACCCUUCUGCAGAGUUGGAGCGGGUGCGAGCCUUGGUUCACCGUCUGUCCGCCCGCAAAGUGAAGCCAGAAGAGGUGGUCGCUUCGGAACACGAACGGCGGAAACUGGAGCGAAGCCUGUUUGGAAACCAGGAUCACAUCACCGCAGAGCUUGAAAAGAUGAAAGAAAUGUACAACUCCCAGCAACAGAAACUGGAGGAGAGAGUGGUGAUCCUGGGGAAAGAGCUGCAGGAAGCCAAGAAAGCGAUUCGGAACACGCAGCACAAGAUGGCAGAACAGUCUGCGGUGUUGCUCUCCUCACAAAGCCAGCUCCAAGAAGUGGAGGCGGAGAAUUCCCGGCUGCAGCUCCAGCUGAAGGAGCUGAACGAGGAGUACCGCUCGCGGCUCAUUCAGUACGUCACAGACCUGGCGGAAUACGUGGAUGGCAAGUCAACCGUUGCUGCAAAAGGCACCAGCAAAAUGCCGUCCGAGCCAGCUCACAUGACGCGCUUUGUGGACGGCAUGCUGAAGGACAUCCGGGCUUCCCACAAGUCUCGGGAAGAGCAGCUGGCCAGAGCCACUCGCAGUUUCAAGAAGCGCAUGCAGAACUUGAUCAAGAGGCACGAGAGCCUGCUGAUUGUGUACAGGAUGCAGCGUGAACAGAUUCGGGCACUAGGCAGCCACGACGUGGAUCCUGGCCCUCCGGAACACCAUUUCACCAUCACAGAUGCCGAGCUAUUGACCAGCACCUCUCAGGAACUGAACCGGCUGCGGGAAGAUAAAGCCAGCCUAGAGGCCCAGCUGCAGGAACUGCAGAUGAAGGUAAAGCUAAGCCAAAAUGCGGGCUCAGGGAUAUCGCCGCCGCAUAUGCUGGAAGAGGCCGGCUGGGCCGAGCUCAGGAAACAGCUGCGGGAGUUCACUCAUGCCACGCAGGAGGCCCUGGAAAAGGAGAGGAGCCAGCUUCUGACGCGGGCGACGGUGGCGGAAGAGCAGGUAGCCGAACUGCAGGAGUACUUGGAUAAGCACCUGGUGAGGUACAAGCAGGAGAUCUUGAGGUUGAGGAAACUGCUGGGAACAGACAGCCCCCGAGCACUGAGCGCUGGAGCUUCUGACGCCCCGGCAACUUUGAAACCCAGGAGGAAUUUCAGCAAUGAAAUGUAG